GCAAAUUGUUCAUGUAUGGCAUGCCUCUUAUGCAGUGUAUAAAAAGCAGGGGCAGAAAGCUUUUGGGAAACCGAGGCAACCCGACUGCAAGCUGACCCGGCACUCACAGACGCUGCAGACAUGUUGACGGUAUUGGCUCUGAUGACGCUGCUGAUGGUCUCGGUUGAGUCGGACCUCUCAAAUGAAGAGUGGAAGUCUCUGAGCAACCCACAGAGCAGGACCCUGUUUUUCCGGAUCCUACAGUCCUAUCUUGAAGGCAGAGAGAGUGAAGCUCAAGCCAUGAACAGGAAAACGAGUGUGAAGGAGAACAAAAACAGCAAUGUGGAAAAUAUUGGUUAUGACAAGUACGAUCUCUUUCUUCACAAUGACAUUUAUGAUGUUUAGUUGAAGAGUUCACUUUUAGUUUGACCGUGUCUAACAUGUUAAAUGGGUAUUAGAUCUAAUAGCUUGAGAAAUGUUCAUGCUUGUAACAACUGACCAAUUUUUCUAAAUAUAUUUCUCUUCUAAUAUGUUUUCUGUUAUAAAUGUUUUACAAAAGUACAAAAAACAACUAGUCGAUGAAAGCUAAACGUGUCAUUUUGUGUUUACACGCAAGUAAUAAAAUUGUGUAUUGCUUAUUUCAAAAGUAGAAUUCCUCUAUAGUUGAAAUUGUUUAUUUGUUUACUAAAUAAAUAAGUAUGGAAACAGUGGAAUGAAAAUGAAA